AUGCAAGCAAUAACAGAGACACCAAAUGAGUUGACGACAGGGUUGGAUAGUGUGUCACCACUGGAGAUGAUCAGAUUGUUUAGACAGACUGAUGGCCAGAUAUUUAGUGGCUACAGACAUCACUCUGGUCUGAACGACAAUGAUUCAAUUCAAACAUUGACCAAUAUGAUUGAAUCAAUCCGUGAUCUUAUACAUCAGUCUUGUCGCAGUGACGGCAAAAAGACUGUGGAUAUCGUGGUCGCCGGUGCUGGCACAAGUGGACGUCUGGCCUUCUUCUUGGCCAACUCUGCCAGACGUUGGUCCACACCACAUCUGACCAACAACGUCAACUACCACUACCUCAUCGCUGGUGGAGAUAGAGCACUCACUGUUGGCAUUGAAGGCGCGGAGGACGACCUCGUUCGCGCCGUCACUGACAUCGACGCCAUACUCGCGCGACCCAACUCCACAGUCGUGUACAUCGGUGUGACAUGCGGCCUCAGCGCACCCUAUGUAGCCGGCCAGAUUGACAGACUGCUCAGCUGUGACAGCAGUUCUCAACGUCAUAUCAUCUCACUGAUGGGCUUCAAUCCGAUCGAGUUGGCACGAGUCAAUCCAAUCGAGAAGUGGGACAAGUCCUUUGCCGAUGUGGCACGCGCCUUGGAGCAGAGCGCGCGUACUGCACCCACGAAGCGCUUCAUCAUCAACCCUGUGGUCGGACCCGAGCCACUCACUGGAUCGACGCGAAUGAAGUCUGGAAGCGCGACCAAGAUCCUCCUGGAGCUCAUACUCUCGAUAUCAAUGUCGAGCAAUCCAGAUAUCGACGUGUACGCCACCAUCAUCAACAGAUUGAAUGAGUACGAGCAAGUGUGUCGUGCAACAUACAGACAUGAGGACACCAUCGCGCCAUUGGUUGCAGCAGCCGGACACUCAUUGCUGAGUGGCGGACAUGUAUACUACCUGGGCCAGGAUAGUCUUGGCGUGGUCGGCUUUGUCGACGCCUCAGAGACAGUUCCAACAUUUGGCGCUGGUGCAUUUGACGUACGUGGAUUCAUACUGGACUCGGCCGAUGGCAAGAGUGGAUGGAUGGCAAUGCAGAACGCCGAUGGUGAUCACUCACACAUAUCUGAGGAGUACUGUAUCUCCCAGGCUCACUUCCAAGACAAGAUCAUCCCAACUCUUACCUCACGCGACACAGUCAUCUUGAUCGCGCCACCAGUGGCUGUUGGCGGCAUCGAUCUCAUUGCCCUCGCGCCAAUAGUCACGGCCAUUAUCAAACGAGAUCAAACAUACGACAACAUACCAAGUAUUCACUUGAUCAUGUUCCCCGCGACCAAUCCCCCCUUUACACAGCUGGUCCUUGGGAACAAAACUACAAACAUCAACAUCCAACUACCAUUCAAGGAGAUUGAUGGCGUGCCAUCAUAUAUCGAGAUGUCAUUGAAGUGGAUAUUGAACGCAGUGACGACCGGUGGCUUUGUACUGGCCGGCAAGGUGUUUGGAAACAGAAUGAUCGACUUGGGAUUGACAAACAACAAGCUAUACUAUCGAUCAUGUGGCAUUGUUGCCAAGUUGUUUGGCGUAGACGACAACACCGCCAGACAGUGUCUACUCCGUUCAGUAUACAGCCUGGACAAGGACACGCCAGUGCCAGCCGACAUCGACACUGCGCCAGUCUACAAACACAUCGAGCAUGCCGAGCGCAACAACAUCACUCACAUCAUUCCAGUGGCCCUGUUAUUGGCUUCCGGCCAUUUCCAAUCGCCAAGUGCUGCUCGCGAGCUCCUAAGACAGACUCCAUCAAUUCGCAAGAUCCUCAAUGACGCCAUGGCCAAGUCGUCGUAG